AUGGACCCUAACCCUUCACAAAAUCAUAACAACUCGGAUUUGGCAGUUUGCAUUCCAAUUACUGAUCGAUUAAACAGUUAUUGGGUGUCAAAUGACUGUACAUUAGUGAAACUUCAUGGUAUUUUGAACACAAAAGAACUUCCAGAAUAUGUUGCUGAAAAAUUUGCUCGUGGAGUUCCAACUAACUGGAAAGAGAUUGUCAAUAAAUGGAUACAGUAUGUUCAGAGAGGUGAGAAAAGUUCAUUUACCUGGGAACAGGAUGAGAGUUUUGGCAGUUGUGACACAUCAUUUCUCUUAACAAGAAGUCGAAGAGUUAUUUCAGGAAGAAAAUCAGAUGGAAACUCCAAAGGAAAGUCAAUCCAAAGAACAGCUGGAAAAUCUAGGUGUUCUGAAGAGGAAAGGGACUCCGCGAUUCCCACUUCAGAAGACUGUUCUGGUGCAAAGGUGCAUCAACCCGGGUCACCCCCUUCCAUUUGGGGUUCUGUUUCACCUCAGUUGCCUGCGUAUAAAGUGAAAGAGAUCUUUCAGUGGAUAGACACUGCUCACCUUUCAAAUGAACCAUCAGAAAGAGAAGUUGAAGAUGGUAGCAGAAACACAAGAGCCGAGUUUGUUGCUCCAUCAGAACCAGUAUUUAAUCCUAAGAAUAAAGUGCGAAACUCGGAGACAUUACACCGAAGAACAAACAAUAUUAUGCAGUCCACGCCAGUGUCCGGUUCUGCACUGACUGAUUCUGAGGGCUUUUUACCAUGGAAUGUUUCUUCUGUGCACUCAACAUUAAACAACUCUGCCACGUUAGGUUCUGUGGCAUCAGACAUAUUUGGUAAAUCAGAUUUACGGAAUCAACCGAAGAAGAAUUCUAAAAAUAUUUCCAGGGUACCUCCUUCACGUUUGCUGCCUGUUCAAGAAAACAUAGCAGUGCCUGCCUCGGUAACUAGUUCUGAUCCACCAUUAGUUAAUACAGUGUCGGACAGUGUCUUUCGUGAACCAACUCGAGGUGAGCCUCCAAAAACAUCUUCUAAGACUCUACCAGGAAAGGUGCCACGAAACUCCAAGAAUGCAGAAGUGCCUGGCAGUCGAAUGGGCAGAAUGCUUUCUUCAUCGCUUAGGCCACGCCGAAAACAGACUAUGCAGAAGAUUGAACGUUGGCGACCAGUGCUGGGAGUUGAUGGGUCUCUCAAGGUGCAAGGAUACCUUUUACUGCAAUGUGACAUGACUGCUGGCCAGAUUUUGACAACAAACUCUGUUGUCAAAUGGGGUGAAAGAAGAGUCAUCACCUGUGAUGGGAGAGAGUACGAGCUUGUUGGAGAUCCAUUCAAUGCACAUAACAACUGGGCAAGAGAUCUAAAACAAAUAAAAAUCCAGUGGAGCGGCAUGAAGGGCAAAUCCAAGGAAGAAAUCGGAGGCAAAUUCAAGGAAGAAAUCAGUGACCACAGAAGGGGCACGAGGAAAACCGAAAUUCCUGAUGAUUUGAAAAACCAACUUCUUAAACCCUUGGACUAUUCAGUCAUAACUGCCAAAUUGAUGGAAUUCCAAGCUUUGAAAGGAUGUGACGAGCUGCUUUUACCUUGCACCACCUCCUGCUCCCAUGAGGAUGAGCAUGACACGCUCUGGGCGAGUGUGCCGACCUCUGGCACCCUAUUGGCUGAGUAUGUUGGAACCCUCUCAAGGACAGACUCCUUGCUUGCUCUCUCUCAUUUUGCAGAUCGUUCUGAUUGGGGUGCAGAGUAUGAUCUUUUUUACGGUAAUGUUGACAAUGAAAAGAAUGGUGAUAAAACAACUAAUAGAAGUUCAAGGUCAACUCACAAUGUAAGGAAUAAUAAGAGAACCACAUCCCGCAACACAUCUUUGGGAAAACAAAAAUCAAAUUCUACACUAACAUGCAACAUGCAGGAGACUUCCGAGUGUGUAAUGGAGACUCCGUCCAGCAGUAGGUUGAGAGGAACCAUUAGAAAGAACAUUGGCUCUGGAUCAUCCACUGGUCUGAAUUCAGAGACUUCUCCACGAAUCCAAAGAAAUACUAGUAAUACACCAGGACUGAACCCAAGUGCAAAUAAUAGAAGUUCCAAUAAAGUUGAUCUAAAUAGUUCAAAUUUAAGAAGCACUCAAAUAAUUCACGAAAAGGCAAGUGGGCCAGAAAUUGACAGUAAUAAGCUUGCAAAUAAUCAGCAGGACAAGGAAAACAAUUUUAUUGGGAAAAGUAAUACUGAUGCAACUCGAUCGUGUUUUGAGAACAUCACUUGGAAAAGUACCCAAAAUCAGAUGAUGUUGCCUAGUCCUCGCCUUUGUGCUGAUUCUUCAAAUGUGGAUUAUUCUUCUUCUCGAAUUAAGGUAUCUUACAUGACUUCUGAAACCAAAACUAUGCAAAAAAAUCUUCAAAAUUCAUCAGAAUUUGAUUCUAGAAGUCCUAGACUAAACGAGUCUUUUUCUUCCAGUGAAUAUACUCCCAAAUCUCGACCUUCCCGUUCACCCUCAAAACGUGCAUGUUUGCCUUGUCUCCAGAACUCGAAAACCAAUACUACAUCACAUUCUCCUCGUUCACCUUUGCCACGUACACGUCGCCAAACCAUUCCAGAGAAAACGAGUACACAAGCGAUAUCUCCUUCUCCUGAGACGUGUCAGACUGAGACUUCUCCACUUGUUGAGCCUCAAGCCCGUUCAAGAAAGAAGUUGUCUCUGCUAGUGAAUAAAAAAAAACCUGUGCGAAAACAAAACACACGGCAGUCAUUGCUGUCAAGUAGUCCUGGAACUUCUGUUGCCAGUUCACCUCGCAGAAAAAAAACGGAAAAAACUACUAAGAUCCUACCAUCACCAAAAAGUUUACGUAGCACUACAAGGACUACUUCACGUCAAUUACGUGUGUUAGUGCGGCGUUUGGAUGCCAGGAAAAGUUUUCAAAAUGAUGAAAAAUUGACUCCUCCAAGAAAGUCGACUUCUUUCCAAUCGCAGAGAAAGAGCCUAACGAACGAAAUCAAAAAGGUUUCUCCAAAAGUAUCAAAAAGGAAUAUAGAAGGGAAAAAUGUUUCUGCUGCAAAGAAAAUUCCAGAGAAGAAACCAGUUGAAGUAACAAAGAAGACCAAAAGAAAUGUGAAGAACAGGAAAGAUGAGGUGAAUAAGAACAAAGAUGAUGAGGUUAAGAACCAAAGAGAUCAUGCAAAGAAGAUCAAGAGAGUUGAAAAGAAGGAAGUCAAGAGAGUUGGAGUGAAGAACAAGAAGAAAGAUGAAGAGAAGACCAAGAAAGAAGAGGAGGAAAAGAACAAGAGCAAGAAAAGGUCUUCAACAAAAACAAUUCCUACUAGUUCUGAAGAAGUUACUGAAGAUGAUGGCGCUGCUUCAGACUGUUCAUCAGAUUCCUCAGUUGUGAAUAAUCCUCCUGAACCCCGACGAAAACCACGUACUUUAAAAGAGCGACGAGAGAGAGAUGCACAGUUGGCUGAAAUGGGGAAAAAAUUGGCAGCUAAAGAAACGGUUGGGAUUGAUGCCGAUGAUGAUCCCAUGGCGAAUUUGAUUGCCUCACAUAAAUUUAGCCCUCUUCCUCAAGAGUGGUGUAGGCAUGAAAAUUUGUUGGGCAAGAGUAGAAAACGGCGGCGCCCAUCGUCUUCAGAUGGCACAGUUUCUCCUUCUCGCUCAGGUUUAGAUGAUGGAUUUGGCAAUGAAGAUGCCACAAGUAGUGUUGCAACACCACAACUUUUGAUGAGGCCACCAGAUCCAAAGCAAGUUCAGAGCUACUUGCAACGCCAGAGACAGUGGAAUGCAAAACCACAGAGGCCAACACGUCAAUCAAAAAAAAGCAAUGAUAAUCUUUUGCUACCACAUAUAGACUAUGCUGCUGUAUUCCGCCCAGAUAUAUCUGAUUCAGAGGAAUGUUCUUCUGAAGUUUCAGUAUCAAGUUCAGACUGGGUUGCCUAGGUUUUUAAAUAGUGUGCAUUUCUAUUUUUUUCACUUGAUACUUUUUAUUACUGCUAGAGGUGUCGAUGAGUGUACAAAACUCAAAUAAUAUUUUGAUAUGAAGGCACAGCAGUGGUUUUCGUAGUUUAUUUUUCUCAACAAUGAAAAGUGAAUGCAGCAAUUGCACUUGCUAUUUUAACAUCUGAUGUUUUAAGAUUUUUAAUAUUUAGAUGAAAAAUUGUGCAAAUAUGAGUGUGAAUUUAAAUGUUGAGCUGUUUGUGGAGUGUGAAAGAAGAUUUUUAUGUCAAGAGGACUUUCAUUACUACAAUGCAAUUUGUUGAAAAGGAUAUGAAUGAGAAUGGUUGGGCUGUGUGUAGUUUGUGGCCUGAUUAUUUUAAUACUAAUUCGUAUGGUGUAGGCCAACAGGUAUAUAAUAUAAAGUCCUUAGUGUGUGCAGUUUUGAAUGAGCAACACAUAUUUACUUGCAUUGUCUUAUGUCUAGAAGAAGUAGAGGAAGUGCAAUUGGUGCUGUGAAUUGAAGAGGGGGUAUGUGUUAUUGUAAAGUAUUUCAGGACUGGAUUUAAAAAGUUCAUACCAAUAUUGUAAUAUGUACAUAUGCUGUGUUCAAGCCAAAUGCUGGUUUGUAUGUGCUUUUAAUGUAUUUCAUAUUAGAUCCAGUACUGUGGCCUCUCAACUAUACAUUUUACAUGCUGUUUUCAACAUUUUGUAUAUGGAGAUGGAAAAAAUUGAGAUAUUGAUUGUAUUACACCAUAGUAUGUGUUCAUGGACCAACUCGUUUUUUCCUAUGACUGAUAAUAUGAUGAAAUAACUUAUUACAGUAAAACCUUGUUGAAAAUAAAUUACUGUGGUAAUUUUAACAUUAAUAAGAUAAAGUAGAAUAAUGUGUUAAUUGUCAGGCAGUUUCGAUGUAAUUUAUUUCACAUUUAAAUUAUUCUUAUUUGAUCUUCACUGAAGGAUUAGCUAGUGGCAUUUUGUUCUGAAUAAUCAUAAAUAGUAAAUUUCCAUUGAUGGUAACUGUGAUUAUUAAUUCUAAUAAGUUUUUCAUGUGUGUUCUCAGUGAUAGAUUAAAUUUGCUUCUUUUACUUCUCAGGAAACUUAAUUUCUUGUCAAGUAAUAAUGUGUCUUUGAAAAUAAAAUUUGAUUAAGUUUUAUGAAAUAUUCUUAAUGCAUAGCCACUGUUUCUGUAAUUGACCUUUUAUCUUUUAAAUAAUUUUGGAGUGCGUUUGACCUUGAGAAGUGCUUGAAACCAAAACUUAUGUAAAUGAUGUGUAUUGCUUUUAUUUAAAUAUACUUGUGUUACUUUUUCACUUUGUUUACUAGUACCUAAGAAGGGAACCAAUAUUGUUCUGAGAGCACAGGUCCAAACACAUAGUUAACACUUAAGUGUUUCUUGUGGAUAUUGCAUUGGCUCAGUGAACAUAAUUGUCAACCACUGUGGCUGAAAGUGUGAAGCCAAACUGGUAUCAAGUGUGAAUUAGGGCAUUAAUUACAAAUGAAUGAUGCUGCCUUAGCACUCACUUUCUCACAUUUUUGUAACAUUGUUUUAAGACAUCAAUGCAGAGGAAUCCGAUAGCAAUUUUGAGUUUUUAAAAUUUAUGUAGCAAUAAGUUAAAAAUAAUUUAUUACAAACUAACUAACAAAAGUAGACAAGAGCAGAAGACGCAGUCACUAGCACUUUACCAAAAAAAUAAAUGUCCAAAUAUGUAAAUAAUUAUUCAAUCUUAUUUGUAAUGACAUCAGUGUUCUUCUCUGAGUAUCAUAUUCCAUGUUGCAAAUAUCAUCACUUUUUUCGAUCUCCGAAAUAUCUUGUAUCUCUGGGAACACAAAGUGUGUUUCUGUCUUAUUUCCUGUUUUCCUUUAAAACUUUAUUUCACACAAAUAUUUCAUAACUACUUUAUCUAUUCUACCAAUAAAAUGUCUGUUUCUUAACUUUGUUGGAAAUCUCACUAUAACAAAUUCUCCAUUAAUUAAUUCGUAAAGUUCUUACUUUUCUUCAACAAAUUUUUGACCUUCACUUCUCUUGUUUUCUUCUAUAGCUCCAUCAAAACUAUCAAAGCUUUUUUUCAGCUGCAACAGCCUGUGUGUUCGAACAACAGCCUCUCUCUUCAAGAUCACUGAUGACCACUCCCUUACCUGGCACUAAAUUCAGAUGAGUCUUGUAAGUUUUUGAUGUCUCUGGCUUUACUUAAUUCCCCCACACUAACGUUUUUCAAGUGAUCUACGACAGAUUCAGUCUAUUACUUUUCAUGUUGUGAAUCAUCAUUGCAAUCUGGUCUAUAACUUUUGCUUGGCAGAAAGGGAUAAUCUCUGUCUUUCUGAAACCAGAAAAGAUAUCAGAUUUUCGGUUAGCUCCAAUUUCACCAAAUGUUUUUUUAAGAUGAUGAGGGAAUUCUGGUUUGUAGAUCAUGCCUGUUUCACUGUUUCCAUUCAUCUAAAACUUUCCUCUGCAAGUUUCAAAGGGCAAAGAAAUGCAACAUCAAGCAGCUGACAUAAAUUUAUCGUAUUGGAAGGAAAAAGCAUAAGCAUAAAUCUGAAUAAUAUGUAAGGAAAUGUGACUGGACAUUUUUGUCACCAAUUAAGUGCUUUGGACCUUCAAGUCUUCAUAGUAUAUGGAAGGAGUAUGUCAGAAAAACAAGCCUCAAACAUAAAUGUAUAAAACUAUCUGCUAAGAUUUUUAUGUAGCCUGGUUCUGGCAUACCUCCCAUCAUUCAAAAGCUUACUUUUGUAACGUGUAUGGGGUAUUCAGUGUGCUGUCCUCUGAAGCAGCAACCAUAACACUAAUGCUUGUUUUGGGGGAAUCAAUGGUUCUUUCUGGAUGAUUGUAACCACAUUUUACGAAGACCUUCACUUGACCUGGAUCAUCAGAAAAGUCAGUUUCAUCGUAAUUGAUAUUAUUGCCUAGUGGUACUCGAAUCAAUGACUCCUUCAAAUUAGAAAAGUAUUCACAUAUAUUAGCUUGCACAACUCAUACCCUGACCCUUUUUAUAUUUGUAUAGAGUCAGGCAGUUAUUUCUUUGUGCCUUUCCAAAAAUCCAUGAAAUGAAUCUUUUCCAGGUUGAUUGUCAGUAAAUAAUUUUUUCUGUUCUUCCUAUUCUAUUUAGAUUACUCUGAACAACUUUCUGAAUGCGCCUCUACCUUAAUGGGAAACAGAGGUCAUUCGUCAGCUGCCUGGAACAGCAUUAAUUAGGUAAACUGCGCUAAAUUGGCAUUCCAGGUCCAAUUUUCUUCGUGUAUUUUCCCAUUCAGAUUCAGCCGACAAUAUAUUGGUUUCAAAAGAGCUUAUAGUAAUGAUCAAAAAAAUUUUAAGGAAUUCUGUUACGCUAUGGUAUGGUAGAGAGAUCAAGAGAAAAAUAUAUAAAGCUUACCUGAUUUUCAAGAAAAUACACGUCUGACAACCCAAGUUUUCACAUAAAACUAAAAUAUCCCUACUAGGAAGAUUUUAUUUAACUUCAGGCAGUUGUCAAAUAAAUCUAUUAAGUUUUGUAUUUGCGUAAUUAUACUCUAAAAUUAUUGUUUCAUCAAAUACAUUUAUGGAAUACCUCAUAGAAUCAAUGCCUCUGGCACCAAUUGUUAAGUUUCAAGGAAAAGUGUAAAUGAUCAGAUUCGACUACCUAUAUCGGUGUCACACACUUUUAUGAUACCUGUCAUUUUUAUAAACAUCCUUUGUUCUGAGAAAAAAAAUUGAAACAAAAAAAUUUGAAGCCAUGUUUAAAAACGCCCGUGAGGCUUUCUGAAAAGUACUGCCCAAAAUCAAAAAUAUCCAUUUUCAGUACAAGGCACAUUGACAUGAGCCCAGUUGAUUAGGGAAUAUAUGUUUUGGGUAAAAUGCUUCUUACGGUUUCUUGCCAUUUUCUGUUGCAGUGUUACAAUACAUUCUCUAUACAAUGUAAGUGUAAGCAAGAAUGUAAUAAUAUGAAAAUUGGUCAACAGGUAUUCUGGUAAAGCAGGUACCUAGGAAAAAAUCACUGUAUAUAUCAUUAACAUUCCUCUGUACAGAGUUUUUAUAACAUUAUUUGUUUCUUUCAUUGUUGACUAUGAGUUUACUGUGCUUUUGAUUUAGAUAUAGUUCAUGGUGAGAAUUCUAAAAGCUGUGAGCUUUUUCUUAUGCAAAUGGAUCACAUUCCUCCUAUCACCAUAAAGUGAAAUAACUUAAGUUUUUUUUUCCGGUGGUGCUGUAACCCUUAAGCCCACAUACCAACUCAGUUCUUCCUGAGCCUUUGUAGAUCAUGAGAGUGGACCAAAUACAGAUGUGAGAUCAUCAGCCCUGAGGAACGAAUUCAGAAUAGAAUAGGGAAGGAAAGAUUGCAUGAAGCCAUGGCUCGUUGUCUAAGGUACUGCUUUGGCAUCAGCAUGGAAUUGAUGGGAAGAAAACAUGGAAAUAACUGAUCAGAGCAGCUGAUCCCUCUCUCACCUAGCCAUUGGCACUCCUUGACCCAGUUACUUGGCUGUAGUUAAAAAUCCUGCCUCUGACAAGUCUUGAGCUUAGUUCCUCUUGGUUUACAAAGCUUAAGUUGCACUCACAAUUAUAUGUUCUAUCACACCGUCUAAAACAAACUAGAAGAAAAGGUCGUUCUACAAUUUUGGUUUACAAACAUCAUUGAGGUGUAUUCAAUAUUGUAAUCCAAUGCUUAUGACUGCCGAUUUUCAGAUUCUCUGUGAAAAGUAAAUGGUUAACAAGGUUUUACUGACCUCUCACACUUUCCUUCUAAAAUAACCAUUUCUAUUGAUAUUUGUAGUGUUAAUGACUCCUUUUAGUUCUUUCCCUGUUGUAGGUAACUUGAAUUGUUAUGGGGCUUAAUUGUGUGUUAAUUGUUCAGUCGUGUAUUUAUUGUACACAUACAUGGAUGAGGAUGAAUGUUAAUUUGUGGUAUUUGCUUUGUGUUUCUUUAAUCUGUCCCUCCCAGUAAUGUGAGAUUAAAUGUUGCCUUUGUUUUGUCAAAGUAUUGAUUCCUAUGUAGGUUCAAAUGUGCGAUGGGAGAAACUCCUAAUUGUUGUGUAUGUUUUAAUUGUACAUUGCAAUUUCACUGUACAAAAAUGUUGUUACAUGUUUGUAUCUUUUGUACACAUUUGUUUUAUUUUGAGUUGAAUAGAUUUUUUAUUGUGCUUGAAAAGUCUUUUCCUAAAAACAUUAACAGUAUCUUUGAUGGGGUGUGAAGGAAGGGAUUCACAAAUUGAAAAGAUGUUGGUAAUGGAAUUGAACUUGUAAGGAACAGGAAUCGUAUUUCUUACCAUGGAUAACCUUGGUUGCGAAGGAGACACUGACACCUCAAAAAGUCACUUUUGAGAAAAGUCUAUGCAAGAUUCUUACUAUUCAAUCUUGAGACGGAACUUGGCCACUCUGUUUGUGAGCAUUGUGACAUGGGUAGGAGCAUACCAGCAUAAUGUAUUUUUUUGGCAUGAAAUGCAUUAGCGAGACUGAAGAUAGUUUUACACGGGUCAUGGAGACCAAAAGCUGAAGCCUUGAUACUAAUAUGGAACUGUGCAAGUGAAGCAUGAGAGCUUGAUCUUAAGUACUUUGGCCUAGAACUGCAUUGGGUUAUGCAAUUUUCAAGAGUCAAGAUUGUUUUACCAAUACUUACAUACUUUGUCAAAAAAUCUCGCACCAAACAAAACCUACGUUGUGUCUUAAAGCAGAGUGACCAAGACAAAGUAGAGUGAUCGUAACAUAAGUUAUUUUGGGUGGAGGCAGUCUAUAACUACCUUUGUUGCAAACAUUCUUGUGAUAUUUAAAGUGCUUACUGGCUGAUAGUCUUAGUAGAUACUUGGUCCAGUUGGAUUCCUGCUUUCGGAAGUUUCAUCUGCAACAAGACCUUAACAGUGGCAGUGAGGCAGUGGUUGGAGACCCUUUCUGGUGGGUGCCUGUUUGACUAAUAUUAUUAGUCAGCUAUUAUUUGACUAAUACCAUUAGUCAGUCAUCAUUCUGAAUCCAACUGGACCAUGAUCUUCGGCCUGGAAAGCUAUUUAAACAUUGAAACCAGCUGUGAAAACUUACGUUGUUAUGCACUUGAUAGUUUGCCCAUCAAAAGAGUUCACCUAUUUGAUGUGUUAUGUUGGAUUAACCAAAAAAUGUCAUUUUUAUUUGUAGUCUUCGAAACUAAUGAUAUGAAUUCCUAUUUAAACCUAGUGGCACUUCAAAGUCACACCUGGAAGAAGAUGGGGACAUUGUUAUCCAAUCGGGAGCUCCAAUACCAAAAAUUUAAGUUGUAACAAAGCUCCCGAUUGGAUGACUGUCCCCCUCACAGUCCACCUUGAAAUGCCACUGUUGAGUAUAAUUGCAAAAUUUGUAUUUUUCUUUUAAUAAAAGGUAUACAAAGAAAGUGCUCUUAAACCUCUCUCAAAGUGACUGCCCUCUGUUCAAUAAAAAAAUUUUGAAUUGAUUAAAGAUGAUUACUCUGUGAAAUAGAAUUUUAAUGUGCAUACAAUUAUAUUUUGAACUCUUGAAAAAUGGCUAUCAUCCACUUCCUAAAUAAUGGCCGUGGUUUUCAGUUACUGAACCUAAAUGAUGAAAAUUUGAAUUUUAAAGUGAAAUGUUAAAUAUUAAAUGGUAUUUUGGUACAUGGAAUCUGUAACCCUGAACAGAUUUCUUGAAUGACAAUGAUAGUGCUAAAUGAUAAAGACGAUUCUUUCUGCCAGUUGUCAUGUAAAGAUGGCAGGAUCACUGUCUCAUAAUUUACAAGUUUUCUUUGCAUGCAGAAGGGACAACCUGAAAUUUUCUGGAUUGUGAAAAACAGCCAGUUAUAAAGUGCUGAGCCUUCAGUAAUGAUGAUUCUACAUCAAACUUUUUGUUAACAAUUGUUUGUGUACUUCCUUUACAACUAAAUAACUGGAUGUUGGUUGUUAGAGAUAAAUGUUUUAAUCUGUCAUCACAAAAUGAUAAACGCAGUGUCAAUUAUGAAAACAAAAGCAGUGCAAGUUUUCAUGACAAUUAUAUACCGAAUAUCUUGGUUGAAAUUGAUUAUAGUAUCAUAUUUACCCAAAUGAAAGAUGACUGAAUCUAUGGUGACCCCUGAAUUUGAAGAGGCCUCCUGAGAAUUUUGUAACAAAUUUUUAUUAUUGAGAUAAAAUCACAAAUUGUCCAAUUGACUAGAAAAUUGUCUUGAGAAUGCUACAACAUAAUCAUUUAGCUAUCACUUUUGUUGUUCCUUAAAAUAAUCAUCUUUGCGUGCACCAUUGUUUCUUUCUUUCUCGUCUUCCUCCCAUACUGCAUCACCAUCUUGACUUUUUCACAUACACUCCCUAAAUGUUUUGCCCUUUCAAUUAGUGUUCUGGCAGUCCAAUUGAACGCCACCUAAGAACAUUUCCUGUGUUGCUAGAUUUUUUCCCUUGUGCAUGUCCAUGCCCUGUUAUACUAAUCUUCUUUUUUAUUUUUAUUAUUACUAUUAUUGUUUUUCUCUGUCUUUUGUAAAACACAGAUUAGCAUUUGCCGUGCGCUGGAACAGAGUUCAUCCGAACUCGUUGAACAUUGUGUAACAAUAAUUUUGGCAACACUACAUUUUAACAUUGUUUUUCUUACUACAAUGAUAUUCAUUUGAGAUUUUUUUUUAUCAAUCCAUUAAAAAAUAUUGAUCUGAAUUGCCCAGCAAACUCUUGCUUGAUGUCAAAAUUAGAAUAAAUAAAGUCUGUGAAUAUAAUUAGGAAUUACAGAUGCAGUGAUAUUUAUAACCUUUGCAGCAUAUUGUUAUGUCAACAUUAGUUUCGUGAUAACGAAAGACAGUUUAAAAACAAAUUCCAUCCCACAAGGGUUAAUCUGCCUUGUAGCCCCUAAUUUUCAAACUAGAUACUUGGGAAGAAGCCUUGUCUUAUAUUUGGGUAAUUAUGGUAGUUACUUAAACAGACUGAGUCGAAUAAAGUUACAUUAUUAUUAAUUAGCAUUGUGCAAUGCUCGUAGUAAUCUCAACACCAUGAAAAAUCUAAGAAUAUGCUUUAAAACACAUGGGCCAAUAUAUUAUUUGCUCCAAUCAAUAACAAGUUUCUUAUAUUAGAAAAUAUGACAAAAGGAUAAACGGUGUACAUGAGGACUAUUUUUCUUUUGUGUUUACGCAUGUAACAUGAAUAACAAAGCCAAAAGUUUCAGUAUUGUCUUGUGAAAUACAUUAAAAUUGGAACUAAGUUAAAUGAGAUGUCUCAUAACCACAAGUUUGUAACUGAGAAAAAAAUCAAACAAUAUUUUAACUAAAUCCAGUUUCACAUUGAAACAGGAAUAUAUAUCUCAAAAUAAAUACAGAAGGGUUCCUGUAUGUAACAAGAGUACUUCUCCCAGUACUGGUAUUAGUUAAUACAUUUUGCAGGGCAGUUUGAUCUGUUCCAAACUGCAAAGAUUAAAAAAGUAUGUCAGUGAAGUGAAUUUUACUGUAUAGAUAAGAAGUGUCUACAAAUGAAAUAAUUUUGUUUUUUAAAUUAGAUUUCAGAAAACCUCCAGCAUCCGAUUCUUUAAGCAUUGAUUAUUCAUAGUUUCCAUAAAGGUCAUCCUUGUAUUUAUUUUGUAUUGGUACCUGUAAUCCAGCGGUCAGUAGUAUCAUUAUUGUAUUUGCAUGAUUUAUAUCAUCAACUUAGAUAUGACAUUUUGCACUGUUUGUAUAUAAAAAAUGAGUUGGGGAGGAAUUAUUUUUUGAAUGUUGUGUUAUCUUUUGUAUGUAGUGUAGAUUGGAAUAAUUGAUCAUAUUGUAUUAGAAAUAUAUGUUUUAAUUUAUCUGUAGAUGCCCAU